AUGCGUCGCCAUUUUGCUGAUCUUGCUCUGUCUUGUGUUCAUCGAGAGUAUCCAAAUAAACUGGCUCAUGUUCUUUCGUCAGAUGAUGAUGUUCAGGCUCCCCGUGAUUUAACACCUGCAUUUUUUGGUUGUUAUGAUUGGCAUUCAGCUGUUCAUGGUCAUUGGCUUUUGGCUCGUCUUGCUCGAAUUGAUACAAAUCUAACUGUAGAAUGUCGUCAAGCACUCGGAAAAAGUUUUACUCAAGAAAAACUUGAGAAUGAAAUGAAAUAUAUAGGUAGUGAACAACGACAAACCUUUGAACGUCCCUAUGGUUUAGCAUGGUUUUUACAAUUGACUACAGAAUUAGACGAAUGGGCAAACGAAGAAAAACAAAACUCUGAAGAAAUUCAUCAAUGGCGUGAGAAUAUACGUCCAUUAGAAACGUUGAUUGUCUCGCGUUUAUCAUCAUGGCUUCCAAAACUAUCAUAUCCUGUUCGUAGUGGUGAACAUAGUCAAACAGCUUUUGCACUUGGUCUUUCACUUGAUUAUGCCCGUCGAAUGAAUAAUACUGCAUUUGCACAAUUGAUUGAACAACGUUCACUUGCAUUUUAUUUGGCGAAUAAAAACUAUCCAUUUGAUUAUGAACCAUCGGGUGAAGAUUUUCUUUCUGCUGGCCUAGCUGAAGCUGACUUGAUGCGACGUGUUAUGUAUAAUAAACCUCAAGACUUUGUAAAAUGGUUCAAUCAAUUUCUUCCAACAGAAACUCUACCUGUCAGUCUCGAGCCACCAUCAAUAGCUGAUCCGACAGAUCCUAAACUGAUUCAUUUAGCUGGUUUAUGUCUUAGUCGUGCAUGGAUGCUAGAGGGAAUCGUUGAUGUUCUAUCUUUUGAUACUCAACAAAAAGAACGUCAUGAUCAACUGCUUAAAUUAAGUCAAAGAAAUGCUGAAGCAGGAUUAAUAGCUAUCGAUGAAAAUCAUUACGAAGGAGGACAUUGGUUAGUUAGUAUUGAUAAUUUUGCUUUGGUAUAUUAUGUCGAAUAUUUCCCAAAUACAAAUAGUUCUAGCUGUGAAAUCAAGUAUAGUUUAACAACAUGUGAUUUUGUCUAUAGUGUUGUUGUACCAGUCUCAAAUAAUCUCUCAUUUGUUUAUAAUUGCAUCGAUUUUCAAGGAAAUAAUGUCAUCGGUUAUUUUAUUUGUAAUAGAACGUGUAACAUUCAACUAAGUAAUGAACAGAUUGUGUAUAACUAUACGACACAAGAUAAUUUUGUGAUUGCAUUUAAUGGAGAUGGUACUGGUGUAUAUGGUAUUGCUGAUGAUUUUGUAUUAUUUUAUAAAGUAUAUCCAACGAUUGAAUUGAUCGUAUGGUUAAACAAUCUCGGUAUUUCUCCUCGAGCAAUGGAUAUUGGUUCAAAUCAAGAGUAUGCCGUUGUAGUUGGAUAUUGUCAAUCAUCAUCCACAGCUGCAGUUGAAUGUGGUUUUAUCAUUCGAUUAAAUUCAUCAUUAUCAUGUCCAAUAAGUCUAAAUAAAUUUGAUAUUAGCAAUAUUGUACAGUAUCCAUGGAGUGAUCCACGUUCCAUUCGUUUGAUCACACAAAGUCGAACUUAUAUUGCACAAUUAGUUAUGUCAGUGAGUAUUUGUUGGCAAACACAACAUGUACUAAUUGGUAUUCAAUCUCUCAAUACAGUUUUUUUGUAUUCAUUGAAUGAUACACAUAAUCCAAUUAGUACUCGUCAGAAUGGACUUGAUUUAAUGGGCUAUGGAAAAAGUGUAGCAUGGUUAGAUAAGCAUGGUAAUAAAGCAGUCAUUUUAGUUAAUACUUAUUCUUAUUCAACUUAUCAAUGGAUUUCAUCAUCAGUACAUAUUUAUGAUAUUCAAUCAGAUGGAUUUUCUGAUUUGAUACAGCCAAUUUAUAUAUAUCCUAAUAGUCAACAAAUUCGUCAUCGAAUUACGGAUCCUUCUUUUAUUCGUAUCGUCUGCUCUUCUAUUGGUCAUUUAGGUCUUCUAGAUCGUCUAGGUAAUGGAAUUGGUAUUCUUGUAGCAUCUCCAAAUACUUAUUCGAAUACAAACACAACCAUAGAUGUCACAAGUACAGCACCUUGUAAUCGUGGUACUAGUCGAAAUUAUAGUGGAAUUGAAUUAUGUUAUCCUCAGUCAUCAUUAAUUAAUUGUUCCGAAGAUUUUUUCUGUCCAUAUGGAGCUGUUGGUGAAGUCUCCUAUUCAGCAUUUAAAUCAAUUGAACAAUAUCAAGAGUAUCCUGAUUCACCUGAGAAUAUUGUUUUUGAUGAUUUACUUAUACAAAAUAUGUUUAUUUUCAAUCCAAAAUCAAUUCAUUGUUUAGUUGUAUCACCAAUUACUUGGGUAUUAUUUUUCAUAAUAAUUGGCUUUACUAUUGCAAUUAGCAUAUCAAUUUCAGAAGUUUAUUGUCCUGAUCAUCACUUUAUUCGAGAUCGAGCCAAGAAAAUUUUUAGAAAAAUGGAUCUCAUUGGUGAAGGAGAGAUGUGGUUCGGUGGUCUAAUCUCAGCUGCAAUAAUUGUUCUUGUUGUAUCAGCAUAUUAUUUUUCUAAUGCUUAUCUUCAUCAAUAUCCAAUUGAAUAUGUUACUAAUAAUAGUACAUUUGCAUGUGAUAUCACGUUGCGUAAUGCAAAAUUUACGACAACAACUCAAAAGAGAUGGGAUCCUCGUCGUUCUACAAAAGAAAGUCAACAUAUAUUUGAUUUACUUAAUUCUCAACUAUUUACACUUAAUAUUGAUCUUGUUCAAACAUCGUUUACUUGUGAAGAUUAUUUUUAUGUACAACGUCUUAAUGGUAAUAAAGUUACUAUAAUACCAAUUACCAGUUGUCAAACAAAGUAUAAUGAAACUACAUUAAGUUUAGCCAUUUUACUUCCAGUUCACCAGAUUAGUGUUCAACUCGUAUUACCAGGAUUGAAAACGAUUGGAGCCAUUCGACUUGGUCUUAGUGGACCAUCAGCAGAAAUUGAAGAUGGAAGGUUUGUAUUGAUGGCUCUCGAUUUUGCAUCAACGUAUGUUUCAUCAUCAUCCGAUGAGGUUCUUGCUGAAUCAAGUACAUUUUCUAUUGAAUUAACUCAAAUUGUCAAUCAAACUGAUCCAUUGACUGAUGAUGGUUCAUCUACAUUCAGUGCAAUUUGGUCAUCCACGUUCAAUGUUAAUUCUGACGAACUGUUUACUAAUGAAAGUCGAUAUACAUUCUUCUAUCGAACACAAACUAAUAUUAGUGUUAUAAUUGAUGAGAAUAUAUUCUAUGUUAGAAAUUUACAACAACCAAUUGCCAGACAAACUGAAAUUGUUUUUCGUAGUCUUCUUUUCACAAUUGUUGUUUUAGAAGUUUUUGGCUUAUUCUUUCUUCUCAUGAAAUUAUUUUUUAUUCCAGUAUCUCGUCUGAUAUCUAAGACUGCAAAUAGAAUACUGUCAAAAAAUCGUGUAACGCCAAUGAAUGGUUCAACGGUGGUCGUCAUGAAAACCAGCAAAUCAACAAAUUUGAGCCAAUAG